UUCCCGGCAGUGGGCGCGGGGUCAGCUGGCAGUGUGGUGGCGUCGCGGCUGGCUGAAGUGAGCUGGUGGAAGGUGCUGGUGCUUGAGGCUGGAGCUCCCCCACCCCCGGAGACCUACGUACCCGGCCUCGCCUCCUUCGGCUACGUCCGUGGCAACAACAACUGGGAUUAUGUCACAGAGCGUCAGUAUCACGGCCUCAAGAACUUCGAAGGCCAGUAUACAGCUUUGAUCUUGGUAACGUCAAGUACUGUAACUAAUUGGACAAGAUAUUUCCGUGAUAUAUUGAGAGUAAGUUAUGGUGACCUGCUGACCUUCGUAACCAAAUUAGCUAAAAAUCUAGUUAACAAACACGUCAUCACUGCUCAACCUUUAAACCUGUUCUCCACUACAUUCAUCAGCGUGCGAUCAUCCCCCACGCGCGGGUGUUGGGCGGGGGGUCGACCACGGCGGAUGCUGUACGUCCGUGGCAACAGGCGGGACUAUGACCACUGGGCUGAACUUGGUAACGAGGAUUGGGACUACAGCAGUGUCCUCUUCUACUUCAGGAAGGCGGAGAACUUCCUUGGUGACCAUAUAAGAAAUUUAAAGCGAGUUUGUGAGCUUUACCACGGUCGAGGAGGCCCCAUGGCGGUGAGUACCAAGGCUAACCCCGGCAACCUGUCCCAAGCCUUCCUCGCAGCGGGACAAGAACUAGGCUACAAGAUCAUCGAUUAUAACGGACCAGAGCAACUAGGGUUUUCAGAGCCAUACUACAAUAUAAGGAACGGUUUACGAUCUUCAACUGCCGAGGCUUACCUAAGACCCGCUGCUGCCUGGGACAACCUCCACAUCCUGCAUGGUGCUUACGUCAUCAAGAUUGAAUUUGACGACGAUAAAAAGGCUAAAGGUGUGGUCUUUGAAUAUGAGGGAGAGGUGUUUGAAGUAGGUGCAAAGAAGGAGGUGAUAGUGUGUGCUGGGGCGCUUGCCUCCCCAAAGUUACUCAUGUUAUCUGGUGUUGGCCCCAGUGAGCAGCUAUACAGCCAUCAGAUGGAGGUGGUGGCUGAUGUUCCGGGUGUGGGCCAGAACCUGCAGGACCACCUGGGUGUGUACGGUCUCACCUGGACUAUCCCUAACACUGCCUCCUUGGCUUCACUCUUCGACACCAGUGCCCUGGACGAUUAUGUCAUGUACAAAGAAGGGCCUUACUCAGCACCCAUGGGGGACUAUGGCAGUGCCUGGGUCAAGGUGAUGGGAGGAGGCGACCCACAAUACCCAGAUAUACAGCUCUACCUCUCCCCCACCUCCUUCCAUGGUGAUCAUGGACUCUUUAUCCCUUACAUUUAUGGAAUGGAUCAAAUGAAAUAUUUGAGCUAUUACUCACAAAUAUUUGGUCAAACGGGCUUCACUCUAAUGGUGUCCCUCCUGCGCCCUAAGAGCCGUGGGACAAUCACUCUCAAGUCAAGCAACCCCAAAGACAAACCUGUCAUUGAUCCCAAGUUCCUCAGUGACAAGGAAGAUCUGCUAACACUGGCCAAAGGUGUAAGAUUCGCCUUACAACUGGGAGAGACUUCGGCCCUCAAGAGUCAAGGAGCCACUUUUUACAAUAAAGCAGUACCUGGAUGUGAAUCGGUUGCACACAGAAACAAGUAUUUCAUCUGCUAUGUGCAACAUAUGGCCUCUUCAUACUGGCACCCUGCUGGCACUUGCAAGAUGGGUCCAACCACUGACCCUCUUGCUGUAGUGGAUGAUAGGCUCAGGGUCUACAGAGUGUCUGGUCUGCGAGUGGUGGACACCUCCAUCAUGCCAGUCAUUGUUUCUGGCAGUACCAACAUUCCAACCAUCAUGAUUGCGGAAAAAGCCACUGACCUCAUCAAGAGUGACUGGGAUGUUGAAAUAGAUGUUUAGCAAAAAACCUUCAUCGCAUAAUAUUCAUGUAAAUACUGUAUAAUAAAUAAGUAUUCAUCUGUU